GGGAAAUUUUUUUCGUUAAACAAAGGCAUAUCUUAUCAUCGGAGUGUUGAAGCUUCUGGCAGCCUCUCCUGCCUACUUGGGGACUAGAAACCAAUAGUCAUUUCAGGCGUAUGUAGUGACGAGCCACGGCAGCUCUGUAAUCUUUGCCAUAAUCGACACCACAACCACCCCCACCGUCAACUUAUCAUCGGCACAAUGAUCCUGAAGACAGGAUCAAGCGUCAUCUUGCCGCAGUGGCUCGCUGGACUCGGUGUGUUCUUGUUGGAAAUCCAAUUCGGUCUGGUGUUCGGAUGGUCGUCACCCAUUUUGGCCAGGCUCGCCUCCCCGGACUCGAGUUUAUCCGAUCCACUGCACAUGACACCGAUCCAAGCCUCCUGGGUUGCGGCUCUGGUGAAUCUUGGCCGACUGUUUGGGGCCAUCGUGGGACCGGUUUCAGCAAGCCUCGUCGGCAGCAAACGCGGCAUAUGCAUGUCCCUGCUUCCCCUCAGUGCAGGCUGGCUAUUGGUAGCCCUGGCCACGUCCGUCGAGUGCCUCUACAUGGCCAGGCUGCUACUGGGUCUGGGAUUUGGGAUGGCCUUCAGCACUUUUCCUCUAUUCAUCGGUGAGGUAGCAGUACCGAAGAUCCGAGGUGCGCUCAUCUCUCUAGCCAUGGUGGGGGCGCCGCUGGGCCAAGUCGUGGCGAGCAUCUGCGGCUCGUACUUGAGCAUCAGCCUGUCGGCGAGCCUCUCCCUCGGCCUGGCCGUGCUGCUGGAGUUGCUGUUUGUCUGGCUGCCCGAGUCCCCGCACCACCUCGUCAAGACAGGGAAGAGCGAAGCCGCCAGGCGCUCCAUCAACUGGUACAGGGCGGGUCACCAGGUGGACGAAGAGUUGGCCGCCGUUGAAAAGUUCGUCACCGCGAACCACAGUAAGAGCUUCAUGGACAAGUUGUCCGAGUUCAGGAGCCGACCCGUGCGACGCGCCACCUUCCAGAUAAUCGCGCUUUUCGUCUUCAUGCAGAUCUGCGGUCUCAACAGCGUUUUGUUCUACAUGGAGUCGAUCCUCACAAAGGCCAAUUUCACGUUCAUCAGGCCAUCCCUGAUGGUGGUGUACGUGAACGUUUGCGGCAUGUUCGCCUCGGCCCUGUCGGUACCGCUCAUCGACAGAUGCGGGCGAAAGUUUUUGCUCCUCGUCUCCAGCACGGGAGUCACCUGUGCCAUGGUCGGGCUCAUGGUCUACUUUUGGAUGAUGGGCUCCGGGAGUGACGUGGGUGAGAUCCAGUGGCUCCCGGGCGCCUCGAUGUUCUGCUUCAUCGUUUCGUUUUGCGUGGGCCUGUUGCCGGUGCCCAGCACGGUACUCAGCGAAACUUUUCCCGCGGAGAUCAAGUGCAUCGCGGCCGGUAUUUCGGGGGUCACGGGGGCCAUCGUGGCCUUCAUCUCAUCCAAGACUUACCAGCCGAUGGUCGACUCCAUAGGCGAGGCCUUCGUCUUUGGGAUAUACGGCCUGUGCUCGGUGGUCGUUAUACCGUACACUUUGCUCUUCGUGCCGGAAACGAAGGGGAAAAGUUUGCAGGAGAUACAGGACAAACUCACCAAAAAAUAGCCUUCCACGCGUUUCUUCAAUUUGUUCAUGUUUUUUUUUUUUUUUUCUU